UGCCUGGAAAAACACAUGGUGGAAUAAGAAUUUUCCCAAAUAAAAGGACAGUAUACUUUGAAUCUCAGCAACCAUUUUGGUACAACCGCUGGUGACAAUGUCAAUGGCCAGUACAACGCCGCUUCUAUCGAGGAAACGACCUCAGCCAACCCUAAGACCACCGCUUCUACGGUGGGAACAACCCCAACCAACCUUAAGAUCGCCACUUCCACCUCAACCAACCCUAACACCAAUGGAUCUUCCGUUCGAUCUGGUGAAAGAAAUACUGUGCAGACUUCCCGCGAAGCACCUCCUUCAACUCUGCUGCGUCUGCAAGUCAUGGAAUUCUCUUAUCUCUGCAGAUUCCAACUUCGCCAAGAAGCACCUUCGGUUGUCAAACUCCCUCCAGGACCGCCACCAUCUCAUCCAAACCAUUACCGAUUCUUCACCUUUACCUGAGGUCCUUCUUUCACAGUCCCCAAUCUCCUCCAUCUUCAGCUCCGCAUCCACUUUCAGAGUAGCACAGUUCAGGUAUUCUCUAGAAGAGAUUCUUAACACAGGUACUGGAGCUUCCACUUGUGAUGGCAUCAUAUGUUUUAGAAUAGAUAAUUCUAUUGCUGUUUUGUGUAACCCUUGCAUUAGAAAAUUCAAGAUACUGCCUCCUUUGAAAUUCCCACACCAGAGUGGCGAUAGAAUCGCGUAUACCCUAGUGUAUGAUCGUUUCAUCCGAAGUUAUAAAGUCAUUGCGGUUAAAUCCUCGCGCAAUGGCAAAACGGUAGAGUUGAACAUUCAUACUUUGGGUACAGAUUGUUGGAAAAGGAUUCAAAACUUUCCAGCUCCUCUGUAUUUGGCUACACGUGGAGUAUUUGUGAAUGACUCUGUUAAUUGGUUGGCAUAUGCUGGUAUUGGUGUAGUACCGCCCAUUGUUUCUUUUGAUUUGGAGAAUGAGUCUUAUCAAAUGCUUUCGCUGCCGGGCGAUGUUCUGCAACUCAAAACUCUUAUUAUUUUUAUCUUAGGGACAUUGAGCGGUUGUUUGUCCCUUCUUUUUAACCAGAGGGACGGGGACGGGUUUUCUGAAGUUUGGAUUAUGAAGGAAUAUGGAAACGAAAAUUCUUGGAUUAAAUUGUUUACUGUUCCUCAAACUGAUUUUGGGCCCUAUCUCAGGGCAAUAUAUAUUUCAGAAGAUGACAAAGUGUUGAUGGAGUGUGUGAAGAGUGGGAAAAAUAGUUUGGUAGUUUAUGAUCCCAUAAGUAAUACUUGUGAGAUUCCUAAAUUUCAAAACCGCAAUCAAGGUGAGAUGACAUCGCAACCGCAUAUAGAAAGCGAUGUUAAGAUUUUUACAUCAGGAAUCUAUGUUGAGAGUUUAAUAUCACCGUUGUAGAUGUGUUACGUGACCUGAUUUAGAGACUGUUUAAAGGUUAAUGUAUGAUCUUAUUAAGUUUUUAUCAGUUUUAUGCUUAUUCUAAUUACUAGUUUAUGGGUUAUUGUUAACCUAUGGUGUAUGGAAUAUGCGACUUUGGAAAUUGAUCUGUUAUUUUUCAUUUAAUUGUUCAUUAGAGUAGUCACUUUUGUCAUGGUGCACUACAUUUUAUAUAGUUAACAAUUACUCAAAUCUUCCAAUAUACUACUAGAUUAUAAAUUUCUCUUAUCUACACUACGAUUCUUAACUUUGGUAAUUAAUGGUUGAAUUCUACCUUCUACAUUCUAAAAUAUUUUGGUAUAGUAAUUGUCUACUAAUGAAUGGUCUAUACCUUGCCCUUUUUAUCGGUUGUCUUAUAUACAUGUGAUGUGUGACUUACCAUAAGAUUCAAAGAAAUGGCAUCCCAGUAGCUCCAAUAUCAUAAGAUUCUUAUUUGUUCAGGAAUUUGCUAUUGACAUUAGUUUGUUAUGAUUUGAUCACUAGGCAUGUGUAUCUAAUUAACAAACAAGUACAAUAAAGAAAUAGAAGGAGUGCAACAUUUAUUAUGUGAUCACCUAUAAGAAGGUGCACCAUGUCACUGAGUUCAUAUUAGUAAUAUUACAUCUUGAUUUAGUAUGAAGGUGUAAAACAAACUAUCUGUUUGUUGAGAUGAUAUUCUGAUAAAGUUUUCUGUCAUGUGGCUGAAGAUUCACAAAUUUUUUGUUUAAUCAUUGCUUCACUCUUGGUUUUGCCGGAACUGCAGCUAUUUGUGUCAGAUUCAUUCCGUAUAUAAAAAGAAUUAUGACCGCGGUGUUAUGAUAUUUCUAUUGACUCUGAUAAUUGCGUCAAGUUACUGUUGAUUAUGUUGGCCUUUGUUAAAAGAUCGCAUCUCCACGGCUCUACCAUAUGCAUUGGCAUUGGCCUUUUCACUGGUCAGAGGAAGACCUUCAAUAUGAUGCAGCUUCUACGGUCUAAUUGUCUCGGUCUAUAUGAAUCAUAGUUAAAAUAAUGAUGCAGUUACUGUUAUUGAAUAUUUUUAUGUUUCUAAAGCUAAGGAUGAAACGCAUUUAAGUUAGUCUUUUUUUGGUUUAUGCAAAGAACAUAUAAAAUUUGGUAUUUUCUGACAGAAGAUUUUAUAUUAUAGAAUUGAACAGGCAAUGCAAGUGAAUUGAGAGCCUAUAUACUCAAGAAGCUGCCAUAGAGUCCUGUGGUAGCAAUAAGCAAUUGAGUGAGCUUCUCUUCGCCAUUUUUGGUACACUGUUGUAGCUCUACAUGGAUGUCUUCGGUCUGAAAUGCAGGAUUCAUGAAGACGUCAAGGUCAAUUCGUGAUCGGUAUAAUGAUUCUUGCACAAGAAGUAUCAAUAAUACUUAGUUCUCCGAGAAAGUACUUCCUUUUGCUACUGGAGAUGAUUGCAAAACUAGGUCAUGUUAUGGAUGAAUAACUCGGCAAUAUGUCUCACUUUUUAAAAGUUCAGAGAAGAUGAUGGUGAGAUUUUUGUAAUUUUUGAGUAAUUUGAAGAUGAUUUUACAAAUAUUUUACUGCAUAAAACACUAACUACUUGUUAAGAUAACUCAGCAUAGAGUUAUUUGAAUAGUAAAAGGAUUUCUCGGACAACUUAUUUGAUGUCUUGUAUGUUGCUCCUCUGGUGAAUGAAGAGACUAAUUAAAUAGAUAGUGAAUGCUUUGGAGAGGUUUUGAAAUUAUUGAAGGAGUUUCUUACACUUAUUAUUUCUCUAUCUAGUGUGAGUUUAUUGGUUUAGGUUGAAAAAUAUUUAUUAAAAUUUUUUGGGGCUAAAUUAAUGUGCUUUUUAAGAUCACGUUUUUUAGUUUAAAAUGAUGUAAAAAUAUUUUAAAAGUUCAUGUUGCAUGUUUUAGGACAUGUUAUUGAUAGUGAAAUUGCUCGGUUGGUAAAAGUGUAUUUUAUAAUAUUUCAUUUGUACUUUGAUGUUAUGUACUUUUUUAUAUUUGUAAUUUGAUUUUUAAUUUUGUUGUAAAGUGAUUAUUAACCUUCUCACUUAAUUAGAUUUUAAUCCAUGACAAUUUAUUUUUUAAAUUGAGCAAGAUGAUCAAAGUCAAUACAUGUAUGUCUUGAAUCAUAGAUGAGCAAUGAUUUUUGAAGUUUGAUUCGAAUCAAGCAUAUGGUUGAUUCGAAUCAAUAAUUCAAUUUGAAAUCAAGAUUUUAGCAUUAACUUUAUGAUUUGAAUCAAGAAAAUUUGCUUCGAAUCAAAUAACACUUUGAUGCAAAUCACAACACGAUAUGAUUCAAAUCAUAAUCAAACAAACUUUUGAAAAACAACUAUGAUUCAAACCACAUGUUUCAAAUCAUGAUCCGAAUCAAACAAAUCAUUUCUUGAUUUUAUCACCUUGAUUCAAGUUAUUCUUUCCUCUAAUUCAAAUCAUAAUUGUAAGUUCUGGCACAAAUUAAUUGUUAAUUUUCUCACAUAUUUUGUACCUUAUCUCUAAUACAUGUAUAAAUCAUUUUUGUCAUGAGUGAAUAGAAUUGUUGUGCAGUUUUAUAUUCUAAAAAUAAUUUCAAACCAUAUUUUCACUAAUUUAGAAAACUUUGAGUGUUCUUUCUUUCACACCUAUAAAACAAUUUCAUAGUAUGCUGAUUGAGUUAGACAUGUUUAAGAGUUGUGUGAAUUUCUUCAUGAUAGUCGAUCAUAUUCAGCUUUGAGCCAAGAAACUCUAUUGUUGUGAUACUUAUGUUUAAAGAUUGAGUGUGAGGGGUAGAUUCAAUGUACAUUAGGGAACAUAAUUUUUUUUGUGAAGCUUUUUGUGCGCAUCAGGUUGAAGGUUUGAUAUUGUGAUUAUGGUGCUUGGAGAUUGAUUUUCAGCAGGAAACGAUUAUUUUGUGCUCCAUUAAAGACUUAUGUAAUGUCAAAUAAAGGUAGUUGCGAAAAGAAGUUGGCAGUUUUCAAGAUCCUUAAUAAAAACAAGGGCUCAGACAAGGAACUGAUAGAGUCGAGUAUAGACUGCUACGGAACUGAAGCUUGGAGCUGAUCAUUUGGUCAAGGAAGUCAUUUGAGUUAAGUUCAAGUGAAAAUCUUGUGAAUUAAGUAGCUUAAAUAUUCAGCUACAACAGAAGAAAAAUUCAUAUUUAGACAUGUGUUGGGUUAAGUGUUAAUUGGCUUUGAAGUAUUAGUGUCGUCUAGAUUAUCCGUUGUACCAAAAGCUCUGUAUAUCAAUUUGUGAAAUAGUGGAAUUCCAAAAGAAUUUUCAGUGGUCAGCCUUUCAAGACUAUAGUAAGCGUAAAGUAAGGAUGAACACGUUGAACCAAUAUAACACUUUUGUACAAUAUCUCUAUCUCCCUCUUUUACAUUUCAGUAUAAAUUUGUAUGACUUAAGGUUAAUCACUUUCUAGAAUCAUAUGUUGAUAGACUUUAUCAACUUAUAGUGAUUUAUUGUUUAAGUCUAGGUUUGUGAUAGAUCUAGUUAUUUAAAUAUUCUUUUCGACGAUUAUGUUUGUAUAAACUCUUGAUGGUAGAUUAAAUAUUCAAUUAAUCAAACUCAGUUUGAGUUUUAUGUAAAAAUUGAAUCAUGAUAAUUAUUGAAUUGAUUGUUUAAACAAUUUUAUUUUUCUUUGUUGUUGUGGUUUCUGAUGAACCCACUCAAAUGCGAUAUUCAUCCAAUCAUACAUUUUGUAAAACUCCGUUGUCUUUCUCUUGCGUAUGUAACCAGUACAUUUAUUUGUA